AUGGCUGGUAAUGAAAUUUCAGACCUUGUAGAGAAGUUCAGUGCACAUGGUUUGGCAUCCAUUGAUAAGCUUGAGCUGCUUGUUGGGAUAGACAAAAUGCUCAAUGAUGCAUUGAUAAACCAUCUAGGAACCAUACUUCCUGAAGUGGCACACUUGGAUGUGUGUGAGAUGAUGCUUCUUGAGGAGCCUGAAAAGACCAAGCCGCUGAUUGAAAGGAUUUUAAAUGUGUUUCCAUCAAGUGUAGAGGAGUUUGUAGGCAGGCUUCUGAGGUCAUCUUUUUACACACAGCGUCAGGCAGUUGCAUGGGUGGCACUAAGGUUUGGAUGUGAAGAGGUAAAGAGUAUAGUGAAGGCGUGUAUAAAUGAUACGUCUGUGCCAGUGGUAAGGAGCACAGUAUCUGCGCUUGAGGAGUGCGAUGGACAGCCAUUUAAUGACGAUGAACUUGCUGAUAUUGUAGAAGAGCUGCAUAGGAGCUGGUCUGAGUGUGUGCAAUGUAUGGCACCUGAUGUAAUUGUGUUGAUAAAGAAAAAGACACGGUUUGUUGCAGAAACAUGUGUUUCAAAUUCAUGGAGACGAAGAUAUGCUAUUGUAAAGAAAAUUGAGAAGCUCUGUGACGAUGAUAUAGCAACUGUUUAUUUGUAUCUUUCUGAGGAUCCGGAGGAAGAGAUCAGAAUAUGCCUUGCAAAGAGCAUGGAGCAUGUAAAGGACUGGAGUGGGUUUGUGUCAUUGUUUUUAAGAGACAGCAGUCCAACAGUAAGGGCCUUGGCAAUUCAAGCAGUGGGAUGCCGAGAAGAGUUUCAGGAAGUACUGAAAGAUGUUAUUUCUGAUGGAAACUGGGAGGUUAGGAAAGCAUUGCUGUGUGUGCAGAAGGCGGAGAUGUACAGGAAUGUGGUUGUUCCACUCAUUAACUCGCUCCAACAGUCUCCAAAUUGGAGGAUGCGCAAGGAGGUUCUGGAGUCGAUUGUGCAGACUUCGAAGCAGGAUGAGCGACUUCUGUAUGAGUUUCUAUCGAAGUAUCUUCUUGGAUAUCUUCAUGACCGCGUGCAUGAUAUAAGAAAAGAGGCAUCAAUAAGUAUAGGAGAGCUUGUUAAGAUAUAUAGCUGGACAUAUGAAUGGCAUACAGAGAUAGAGACUGCAGUUGUAUCUAAAAGCUAUUUGCACAGAAUAACAUCGGUUUGUGCAGCUCUUUCAUUUGACGAAGUCCAUGGAACAAACUUUAUAAAAAGGCUGCUGAAUGACAAAGUAGUCAAUGUAAAGCUAAGUGUACUGAAGGUUAUUGAUUUAUCUGUAAUGGAUCAAGAGAUUAGAAGCAUGGUUAUGGACAUGUGUGAAAGCAAUGACAGGGAUUUACAGGCCAUGGCAAGACGUGUAGCCAAUGUAGAGUUGCAUGAGGUGAUUUGA